UCAUAGUACUACUUCGAUAUAAAAGGAUGGGUGCCAAGUGAUAAGCUUCAGAUAAACGAUAGCUUUGGGUGCGAACGGUUGUGCUCUUUCUUUGUAAAUUUUAUUAUUAUCAGACUAAUUAAAUCCCAGUGAAAAAAAAACAACAGAAUGUAAAGAUAUAUAAAAAAUGGUAUAAGCAAGUUAAUGCAAAGGACAACAGAAAAUUAAUAACUAUAAUUGUGGGUGCACAAAAAGAUUUUACGCGUCAUUAAGCAGUAACAAGCAAUAGAACGUUACAGUUUCUCAUGGAAAAUUUAUAAAGGGAUAGAACAGUGUAGCAAAUAAAUAAUAAAUCGGGUUCUUACAAACUUUUGCCAGUUUUCAGUUUCUUUUUUACCACUGAUAACUUGCUUGAUGGAUUUAAAUUAAAUUUAAACAGACAGAGUGUACUAGACGUUGGGCUUGCUUCUCAUUGCCAAUAAAUUGGAAGUAAAAUCUAAACUAGGUGUGUCUAUGCAUGUUCGAAUAAGCAAAAAACCAAUUUAAUUUUGCAAGCGCGCCAGGACUUUAAGGAGAGCAAAUAAGUGUUUGUGUAGUUAUUUGUGACUACGAAGCAAUUGAGAGCAGUCACAGAGGCACUCAGCGGUCGUCUCAACAUCACCGCUAACGUUAUCAUGCCAGGGCCGUGUCAACGCCUUCGCUUACCCUCUUUGGCGGCGGUGAUGCGUACAACACGCGCUUCUACCACCGACUACACUACCAUUGCGAUACGCAAGGAGCAGCGACGUGUCGUCAUGAUGGGAGCUGCACGUGUAGGCAAGACUUGCAUUAUUUCGCAAUUUCUCUAUGAUAAAUUUCAAGCCCGCUACAAACAAACAGUGGAGGAGUUGCAUCGUGGGGAAUAUGAGCUGCCAGAUGGCUCGGCGUUAACGUUAGACAUUUUAGAUACAUCCGGUUCGUAUGAAUUCCCCGCAAUGCGUACUUUGUCGAUAUCAACAGCGGGCGCCUUCAUCUUGGUGUAUGCGGUUGAUGAUAAGCAAUCAUGGUUUGAGGUGGAAAGACUAAGGAAACAGAUAAUAGCAAAGCGUGGCCUCAAGGUGCCCAUUGUCAUCGUUGGUAAUAAAGUGGACAUAAACGAAGCCGAUCGGCAGGUGCAGCAUGAGGUCACUGAAAUGAUUGUAUGUGAGGAUUGGAAAUGCGGUUACAUCGAAUGUUCGGCCAAAGAGAAUGUAGGCAUUGUAGAGAUUUUCAAAGAGUUGUUGGUACAAGCGAAUAUUCGGUACAAUCUAAGUCCUGCCGUGAGGCGACGAAGGCAAUCACUACCUUCCUAUAGCAGCGCAGCAGCAGGAAUAACACGCACCAUAAAGAGCCCAUCACAUAAAUAUACAUUAAAGCGUCACUCAUGCACUAUGACAUGAAGGGUAUAAACGAAGGUAGUAAAGAUAAUGUGGAUGAGAACUAAAUAAUUGGUUAAAUAAGGAGCUGCUUUGACAAAACAGAUGUUAAGCCUUUUGUAGUUUAAAAGGAAUUCGCCAACUUACUUACACUUAGGCUUAUGGAAAUAUUAUACUUACAUGUAUAAGUACAUAAGUCAGUGAACAUAUGGGUUAUAGUGUCAAGAUCAUUUUUUAACCAUCAGUUCUCUUAAAGCUAACGAGGACAGUGAAAACAUUGCUGAAAAUGAUGCAUUUAGACAUUAGAGCCAUUAUUCCGAUUUGUUUUUUUCUAAAUAUGUAUCGAAAGAAAACAAAAAAUUUAAUGAGCUGCGUGUUGAUUAUUCUUUUGCCUGGGAAAUGGAAUACAUGGUAAUCCAAAAAACAUGUUCAAAUAGCAUUGGACUUCCCAACUGACAUAAAACAAUAAGAAAACGCCAAAUUGUGUAGUUCGAGAAAAAUGCAGUGAUAGAGUACUUUUGAAAGAAGUGAUAUUAGUUUUUUAUUCCAUAUCGUAUAUGUACGUAACUACAUACAUAUAUGUAUAUAAAUAAAUUAUAUUCGCAUAUGUGUAUAUGUUUUAAACGGUAUAGUAGCUUACACGAGUGUAAAAUAUAGUAGAUAUUGUAGAAAGUUUUCAAAAUCCAAAAUAUAUUUAUUAAAAUACUUUUUGCAAAGAAAUGUAUCAACUAUAGACUAAUCAAAUGUAGUUUUGUAUGUAUCAAAGUCAUAUAUUUAUACCAUUGUCAGUAGAAGUUCACUAUUUAAUGAAUUUUCACAAUAAGGUUAACAUAUAUACAAACGUCCGUCUAAACAAUAUAAUUCAAAUGUCUAGAGUGAAUAUGAAAUUAUCCGCACCCAAAAAAAUUUGAAGGAAAUUUGAGACAAGAUUAUUAAGUAUCACUGAACUUGACGUCAAAUAUACUGCGAACUUCUUACUAAAUGUAAAACAAGAACGUAUAAGUAUAUAGUAUUAAGUCUAAAACAACGUAUUUGUAUUUACAAUGUGUUUUGCAAAACUACGAAUAUUACUGAAAAAGCAGAAGUAUAAAUACUAUAUAAUAAAUGUUACAACACACAUAAACACGUUUAGAAUGCAACAUAAGUGGUAAACGAGUAAAAUACAAUCUUUAAACAUUUAUAAAACAAAUUGAGAAAUAAUAAAAUGGAAGAAAAAAUAACUUUUGGUAUAAAGGAUUUACAAAUAGAAAAGUAAACAUGUUUUUACAGAAUGUAUCAGUUUUGUAAAUUGUUUUGAAUUUUAAUAAAAAAUUAUUUCCAGAAAUGUGGAUUUAUUUUACAUUCGAUGUUGCUUCAAUAAUUUAGUUAAACAUUUAAACGAAAAUGGGCAGACAAAUACUGCAACACAUUUAGACAUUUCCUUUCAUUUCAUUUCAAAACUUUCUUCUACAAGUGUCCUCUUGCCAUCAAUAUGCACAUAGUUUGGUCUACUAAAAUUGUAACAAGUAAGGAAGGGCUAAGUUCGGGUGUCACCGAACAUUUUAUACUCUCGCAUGAUAAAGUGAUAAUCGAGAUUUCAUUAUCCGUCAUUUACAUAUUUUUCUAUUUUGGUUCCUAAUGUAUAUAUUGUACUAUACAGAGAAGGCAUCAGAUAGAAUUCAAAAUAGCGUUAUAUUGGAAGAAGGCGUGUUUG